CGUGAUUAUAUAAAAGCCGCGGCUUCGCGCUGGGACCGCAAUAUCAAAAGAACUCACGUGCCCGGCUCUGGUAUAUCAACACACGAUCAUGGUCGCCCUCGCAUCGAUCGGCUUCCUAAUCAUGGUGGCCUACAGCUCAGCCGCUAUCCUCAUUGAUAAAAGCCACGUCCUCGUCCAACGUCAAGCGGCCUACGAGCCGAUCCCCAUCCUCAGGAGCAGUAACGACGGCCCCAACCCCGACGGCUCGUAUGCUUUCAGCUUCGAGACGGGCAACGGCAUUAAGGCGGAGGAGCAGGGCGAGUUGAAGCCCGGUGCCGAGGAGGGCAUCGCCUCUGUGCGCGGAAGCUAUAGUUACCAAGCCGACGACGGCACUCCGAUAUCUCUUAGCUACACCGCGGACGAGAACGGAUUCCAGCCCCAGGGUGCACACCUGCCCGUCGCGCCACCCAUACCCGAGGCCAUCCUCAAGGCCCUCGAGUGGAUAGCCGCGCAUCCCGAGGAGGACAACCUGAAGAAAUAAGGGACUAGUGGUAAGGGGAGUUAGAGGAGGAGGCAAAUAACGAUAAAUACGAUCAUCCGUGGUCCAAAGUGUGCCGAAUGUGGUUCGCAACUGGGUCGACGUCGUUGCUAGCGCGACGUUAGUGAAUGAAACGAGCGAUUAGUCAAUGCGCUGAUCGAGUCCAAGUGGCUUCGAUUAUUAUUGACGUUUAUUCCUUGUUUAUUUGUCAUGUGCAAUUUGAAAGCUGCGGAUCUAGAAACAGCGUUGAGCUCAGAUACGAAUUUGAUCUUUAAAAUGUGCUAAAGCAAUUGUCGAGAUUUAUUGGCCUUUACAAUACGAAAGCGAGUACUUAACGUAGGUUUGUAACUUCGAAUCGGACAAUGAAUAACACGAAUGCUGGCUUUAAUUAGAAAAUUUCCAGAUUUUACAUUGAUUGCAAUCUAUAUACUUCCAUGUAAAAGUAUCAACGCGUUGCGCACACUCGAUAUGACGAAAAUGUAACGAACGAAUUCCGUUAAGUUUUAUAUCGUUGGAGUAUGUAUUAUUCUCGUUGCCUUCAU